AUGAACACCAAGGCAGAAGCAAACACAUGGGCGGAUACACCAUUCGCCCUCCUCAACAUUCCCGGUCAACCAAACGCACCAGUAUGCACGAACGCCGGUGUUCUCAGUGUCGCCAUAGAGAUGGCCAAUGUCCACAACGUCUUGCUCCGCGCUCUAAAUUCCAUAUAUCACCAAGCGCCCUUCAUUCAACUUCCUGGCGAUGUUGCGGAUCUUAUGCUGUACGUCACCGCAUGGGCGGAUACCGUGCACCACCACCACUCCCUUGAAGAGGCUAUGUUCUUUCCAAAGAUAGAGCAGAUCGCAAGAGAGGCUGGAAUAGAUGGCUGGGAAGGCAUGAUGGGAGGAAACGUGGACCAGCAUCAUGAGUUUGAGCCGAAGAUUGCAGGGCUGGUGAAGUGGGCCGAAGAAGUUGGGGCUGGACAGAGAACGUAUGACGCGGCGGAACUGAAGAGCCUGAUCGAUGAAUUCGCACCCAUCCUCACUCAGCAUCUACAUGACGAGAUCGAUACCUUGAUACGACUCGAAAAGUGUGAUGGAGAAAAGAUCAAGCAGGCGAUGGAAGAAGUAGCCGACGAAGGAGCAAAAACUGCUGAUCCGAAUCUCGUCAUCCCGUUGGUACUUGGCUGUGUCGACAGAAGCUAUCCCGGUAGUGGUAGUUUCCCACCCGUACCCUUCUUCAUCCCGUACCUGAACGCAUAUUGGUUCACGCGAAAGCAUAAGGGUGCCUGGAGGUUCAACCCAAGCGAUCACUGGGGAAAUCCGAGGCCGCUGCAGUUUCUCCCAUGA